AUGUCCCUCUACGAUCAGAUGGGUCCCGACCCUUUCUCUACCGAUGCCAUCAAGACGCUUCCCUAUCUCAGCCUCGAGUCUAUCACGACAUGGGAGGGGUUUCGUUUCAAUAACAGCCUCGAAAGCGGACUCCUUCGGCUGAACGACGUUAAUACCAAGCACUUACCCAAUCUCAAGCCCGACGUCUUUUUACUAGACCUGCAAGAUGUCUCGCUACCAGAUUUAUCCAGUCCAUCUUCCAGCUCUUCCGAAUCCGGGCAGGAGCCGCAACAAAGUCAAGAUGAGCGGGAUGAUAUUGAUGGGACUCCCGAUCUCUGGAUUCUGCCAGAGAUUAUGCGAGCAAGACCGAAGGAUAGCGUUGUCAGCUGGGAUAUCUUCCUGAACAAGAGCCAUAAAGAGCCGCCGACACCAUACAUCAGCGAAGCGAAUCCCCGAGUGUUCAGUACAAUCCUGCAGUCAUCAGACCGAGACCUCCUGUCGAAGCCUAUCAAGCCUGAUGCACUACUUCACGCGGCUUUCGAACUUGCUACCGGUAGAGGCUCGACACUUUUUCAAUGGAUUGAAGAGGAAGAAAGGUUCUCGCAUUGUUGGGGAAAGAUCGCAGCCUGCGGCUACAGUGUACCUCUGUUGCAUAAUUUCUUCGAAGACCUCUUGAGGAUUGGCACAUACACUAGGAAACUAAACAAUUGCUUCGACGGCCUGGAAAACCAGUCACAGCAAUUAACACCAUCGAGGAUAGCAUUCAUUGCUGCUUCCCGAACCGCCUUGCAUGCAACUCAAAACUACCUGGAAACCUUACGGCCAACUAUCGUGUCCCUCCUUCAGCUGAAAGACACCAUGUGCAGGGUUGCUGCCUUGGUAGCGACGCUGAAGGAAUUUGUCGAUGCAAUACACAGCUGCCAGACUGACCCUGCCAUUGUAUUGGCCUUAAUGCGGCAAGCGGCGAAUGCGUCUUUGUGUCAUUCAGCAAUAGACGGAGUGAUACAACAGAUAAUUUCAAGAACCUUGCGACCACUAUUGACGAAAUUACUCCAUGAAGUUGCCUUGACACCAAGUGAAACAAAUGGCCAUGGAAAGCAGUGCUCGGACAAGGAGCAUGAGGUCGACAUUUGGAGUUCUGUUCUUCCUCCUUAUCUCUGUCAAACUGUCACAGAAACACGGCAAAGCCUAGGGAUACUACGAUCAUUUGCCGACGACUAUUCCGUCUUGUCAAGUGUGUGCAGCUCGGCAUCAUACUUUAUGGGUUUGGAACCAGGCUUUACAUUUGACGACAUAUGCCAAUUACAGUCCCAGUCUAUUGCAUAUGAAGAUGCAAUGAAGACGUCUUUCCUGUCUAGGGAAUUGUCUGCAUCGACAAGCUCCCUAAGCCAUUCGACUUCUGCAUCCUUACGACUAGAGGAGACGGGUACUACAGGGCCUAAUUUGGCCGAUCCCUUCCAUCUCGAACUGGGCCUUUUCGACCAUCACGUCCCUGUGCUUGACCUUGACAAAGCCGACGGGCUCUAUAGCAAUGUCAUUGCAUAUCUUGACAACCCAGAGGCCGAAAAAUCACCAUUCCAGCUAGACUACAUGGAAGUGGUGACUUUGUCCGUCACUCCUCUUGUCUCGGCACAACAUCGUCUUCUCUCCUACUCUGUACUCCGUCUACUCUUUCAGAAGCAUCAGCUCCUCUCACAUUUAAAUCUCCAGCGAGGUUUCCAGCUACUGGGAGAUGGCCCUUUCUCCGCACGCCUGAGCAUGGCUCUGUUCGACUCGGAUCAAAACAGUAGUGAAGGUCAGCGGCCAUCUGGUGGUUCUACUGGUCUCCGUCUCCAAACUCGGGACACUUGGCCGCCUGCGGGCUCUGAGCUCAGGCUUGUGCUGAUGGGCAUUUUGUCGGAUAGUCUGGCGAAUUCUAAAGAUCAGUUUCUAGAUGAUACGAUCUCCUUUGCAAUCCGCGACAUGCCGGUUGAGGAACUCGAGAAAUGCCGCGACGUUGAUUCAAUCCACGCUCUGGACUUCCUCCGACUAGAAUACAAACCUCCGAACGAGCUACUCCAGACAGUGCUCACUCCCAGGAUCCUAGACAAGUAUGACCGCCUUUUUCAACACCUGUUGCGUCUGUCGCGGAUACACAGCUUGACCCAAACGCUGCUGAGACAGAACUUCGAUCAUCUGCCUAGCCGGACUGGCACGCGUUCAGACCACAGAAUGAUAGUCCAGAUGCACCAUUUCACGUCGACUCUCGCUGACUACUGCCACAAUGUCGCGAUCAACGUAUGUUGGAAGAAGUUCGAAGGCACGCUACACGACGUCGAAAGACAUAUUAAUAACAACGACUAUGAGCGUACAUUGCAGUUGGUCAAGAGUCAAGAUUAUCUUCGCGCCUUGCAUGAAAACACCUUGGACAAGCUUCUCCAUGCGUUACUGUUAAAACGGAACCAAUCCGGCACCAGACAGAUUUUGGAAGAUGUAUUUACAUUGAUUCUACGAGUUGCGGCGCAAGAAACGCCCAGCCAGAGGCACAACCGUUCAAGUUUGAAGGUGAUGACCCGUGCCGACGAACAGAGGAUGAAAGAUGAUGUUCACGAGACCACGACGAAUCACAAUCCUAGGAAGGGAUACGACAUAGGAACGGACACGAUUGCGAAAGAAUUUCAAGCCAAAGUCAUGCAGUUCAUAGACGCCUUGCGGGUUCAAGGUGUUUCCUCGAAGCACUCGCAGUCAAGGGCUGAUGGGAACAAUACACCUCACGAGUUUAUUGAAGAUAGUGAUGAUGAGAACUUGUUCGAACACUUGCUUCUCAGGCUGGAUAUGUUUGGUUACUGGGGGCAGGGCCAGAAUGACGGGAGGGGUGUUUUUGGUGCAAGUUGA